UCUUCUCUCUUCCACCGGAAACCCCACUGAAUCGCAAACUUCACUUUUAUGUUCGCGGAGGCAGUCAAUUUUUAACAGGACUUCGUCGGUGUGUUGAGUUUGGUCGUUAUGGCCGCCUGAACCAGACUAGCUAAAUUCUCACAGUGCAUGGUUGUCUUUCGAUUAUAUCUAAAUUACAGAAAGUUUUGCACGGGAUUUCCGGAUUAACGCAAAUAUUUGUUAGGAUUUUUCUUGGGGGUUAAAAUUCAAACAUGCAGCCUCCGCCGAGAAAGGUCAAGGUUACCCAGGAGCUGAAACACACUCAAGCUGAGCAGAUAAGCAGACUACACAUCAAACAUCAGACAGAGUGUGACCUACUGGAGGACCUGAGGACAUUCAGUCAGAAGAAAGCUGCCGUAGAGAGGGACUAUGCCCAGGCUCUACACAAGCUGUCCAAUCAGUACCUGAAGAGGGAAUGGCCAGCCAGCCAACCAGAGGAGCCCACAGACCACAGGAACAUGUACAUGGUUUGGAAGGCCUACUUGGAGGGCACGGUGCAGGUGACCCAGUCCAGGAUCACGGCCUGUGAAAACUACAGGAACCAGGUGUCGGACCCGGCCAAGACUGCCAGGCUGCAGAAGGAGCAUCAGCUCAGGAAGUGUAUUGACCAGCUGACGCUGGUGCAGGCAGAGCUACAGAACUCGGUGAAGGAGCUGGCCAAGACCAGGAAGAAGUACCAGGAGACUGAGACCAUGGCCCAGGCUGUCAGAGACAAGGCUGAGCAGGAUGCCAAGUCCAAACUGAGUCUGUUCCAGUCCAGGUCCAGUCUGCAGCGGGCCAGUGUAAAGCUAAAAGCCAAAAGGAGUGAGUGUAACUCCAAAGCCACCCAUGCCAGGAAUGACUAUCUGCUCACGCUAGCAGCGGCUAAUGCUCACCAGCAGCGUUACUACGACACAGACCUGAUCGACUGCAUCAAGGUUCUGGAUGGUGGCAUCUAUGAGCAGGUGAAGGACUACCUGGUCUCUCUGAGCCAGACGGAGUUGGAGGCCUACCAGGCUGUCCACGACACCUUCAAUGUCGUCCUGGAGAGCUCCAACGGGGUGACGCAGGACUUCCAGCGGCAGCAGUUUGUACAGCAGAACCCCGUGUUCCACAGCGCCCCAGCCAUCCUCUUCCAACCCAGCGGCACGGACAAGGUGGGGCAGCUGCAUAAGCAGAGUGGCACCACGGAGGAGCACAAUCUGGAUAAGGAGGCACGGAAGUGGGCGACCCGAGUGGCACGAGAACACAAGAGCAUCAUCCACAGCCAGCGGGCCCUGGAGGACUAUAGGACACAGCAGGGGCCGUCGGAGCAGAACUGCAGUGAGCUGGAACUCAAAAUGGAGGCGGCCCGGGAGAACCUGCGGAGAGCUGAGACGGUGAAGCUGAAGGCGGAGGCUCGCCUGGCCCUGCUGAGAAAGGCAGGCAUCACUGUGGAAACGUGGCUGAAGAGCGCCAUGAACCAGGUGAUGGAGGAGCUGGAGAACGAGCGGUGGGCUAACCUGAACACCCAUGACCCUUCACUCUCCGGUACAGCUGACCUGGAGAGAGAGGAGGAGGAGCUGGAGGAUAGUGGAGAGGUGUUGGACGACAGCAGCUCUAUCCCCUCCUGUACUCUCAGGAACUACCCCCUCACCUGCAAAGUGCUCUACUCAUACAAGGCGUCACAGCCAGACGAGCUGACCAUCGAGGAACAGGAGGUGCUGGAGGUUAUUGAUGAUGGGGACAUGGAGGACUGGGUCAAGGCCAGGAACCGGACGGGCCAGGUGGGUUACGUCCCGCAGAAGUACCUGCAGCUGCCCUCGUCCAACAGCCUACUGAGCAUGCUCCAGGCUCUGGCCGCCCUGGACGCCCGAUCCCACUCCUCCAGCAACUCCACCGAGCCCGAGCUGCUUGAGUCAGAGCUGCCCACACUGGGCACGCCCAGCGUCAACGGAGACUCCAGCUGUGUGUGCUUUGCCAAGGCCCUGUACGACUAUGCGGGCCAGACAGACGAGGAGCUCUCGUUCCCUGAGGGCGCCAUCAUCCGCGUGCUGAGCCGUGAAACCCACGAGGACGAUGGCUUCUGGGAGGGCGAGUUUAACGGUGCCGUUGGCGUCUUCCCCGCCGUGCUGGUGGAGGACCUGCUGGCGGAGGGUGGCUCCAGUGCAGACGUCGAGAAUGGUGACAGCCUGGGAGAGGCCAGCAGCAGCACGCCGGUGUCACCCUCUCCUCUUUCUGAGCGCUCCCCACGGAGCCCCUUUCAGCUGGGCCCAUUCCACAGCAGCCCCCUCCAGACCCCCACUAUGCCCUCGCCCCAGUCCAGCCCCUCCAGUGCCAGCGCCUCCCCCAUACCUCGCCCACCCUCCUACAUCAACGGUCACCAUAGGCCACCGCCUGCACCACUCAAAAGCCCCUUGCAGAGUCCUUCCCAGACCUCCACCCAGCCCCCCAGGCACCCAGCAGAUCGUGGUGCGGGAGGCACCAUUCGACCUGUCCGCGCUGCUCCACCACCCCCCAAGCCGCAGCAGCCUCGCGGCCAGGUGAAGAGAAGGGAGGAGGUGGAGAUCACUCUGGUGUAAUGGCGCCGCCCUGGUGGCGGUGGCUGCUGCCCACAACCACACCAGGUCAGAACGGACCUGGUGGAUCCAGGUGCCCCGACUGACUGACGCCCCUCUUCCAGGGAGGGACAACAGGCUCCAGAGCCCCUAAACCAGCCUAUCCAGCCAAGGGGUAUCCCCACUCCCCACUGGAGAGGCUCCAUGAGAUGAGAUGAGGCCUGAGAUUUGGCUCGUCUCUGUCCACACAGUCCAAAGCCAGUAGGGCUGAAAUGGUGUGUGGUGCGGAGAACCCAAACAAUUGUGCCUUUCUGACACGGUUUCCAACCCUACAUUCCUCUUUCUAUCCUCUCUCGUUCUUUAUUAUUUUUCUGUUACCCAUCGUUUUCCUUGGUCUAUCUCUCAUUUUCUCCCUCCUGUAUUUGUGCUGUAUCUCUCACAAUGUUUUCUCUCUCUCUCUCUACCUCCCUCUUUUUCUCUCUUUCUCACUCACCUUCAUAACUGGGCAUUGAGCUAUAAGGGGGUAUUUUCAAGCAAGAUAUCACCAUUAGAUUACUAUGCAUCAAAGUUAUGCUAAUUUCGUUGGAGGAUUGUACAUCUGUCACAAAGUUUUAAACAGCUAAAGUCCAAGUCAGAUCUGUUUGGUUCUUGGUGGGUUGUGUUUUUGUUGUCAACACAUUUCAUGGAAAUUCACAACACGGCAGAGGCUGGUACCUUUCCUGUACCUGAAAUACCAACGUCUUCAAAAAAAAGUGUUCUUAACAUUUUAUAAACAAGGGAAAAGUGGCAAUUUUGGAGGGAUGUAACUGAUAUAGAUAGAAAUUGCCCCAUUGAGAGCAAAAUCUGGAUCACACUAUGUGAAACCAUAACAAAACUGCCCCUGAAACUGUUGAUUAUUCCUACUCUAUAACAAAUUUCUUUGUACAAUUUCUUUGUAUUAAAAGGUGGGACAUUUCAAAACAGCGUGAUGUGAUGUGACCCUGGGUCGGACUUGCCUUCAAGUUCAGGGAGGAGAAUCACCUUAGUUCCUAGCUACCUACAGGAAAUGUGAACUUACUGAAGCACUUUUUUGUUAUUCUUUUGUUAAUGCCCUUUUCAGUAUUGCUGGUUGGUCUCUUGUGAAUGCUGCAUUGUUUCUCCUUAAAUUGUUUUUGCUCCAACUAUAUUGAUAUCAGUAUUGUUCUACUUGGUUUUUUAGAAGGCAUUUGACUUAUUUAGUCUAAAAUAGCCAUUGUAGUGUCUUGUGUUGGAGGUAUGCUUUUUCAUAUAAUGUAUGUAAUAUUAGUUUACAGAGAGCUUGGGAGAUAUCUGUGCAGCAAUUUUAUGAGGAUAAAAACAUAUGGAAACUUAUUGAUAAAUGUUUAGUUGUUGAGCAGAGAAAUGGGUAUCUGUCAGCCAUGUUUACUGUGUUUUCUUUGAUCUCCUAAAGAUCUGAAUGUCAAACUUAUUUUUGAAGUUUACAUUUACCCUGUUUUAUUGAACGAUUACAUGUUGUGAAAUACACACUUUCCCACAAUUGUAAAGUUUAUUUAGUUAAUUCUGUUUCUGAUUUAUUUUCAGAUACAGUAGAAACAAGUGACCCGCUACGAAUGUUUCCCAAACUCAGUCCUGGGGACCCCAAGGUAUGCACGUUUAGUUUUUUGCCCUAACAGUACACAACUGAUUCAAAUAAUCAUAGCUUGAUGAUGAGGCAGCCCAUUAUUUGAAUAAGCUGUGUAGUGCUAGUGCAAAAAACAAAACCUGCACACCUUGGGGUCCUCAGGACCAAGUUUGGAGAACGCUACGCUACUCUGAUGUAGUCUACAGCAACAGUAGAGAAUCAAAAGAAUUUCAUUGGAUAUAUAAAAAAUAAAAUUAGCUGAAGAAAA